AUGGACCCAUUCGUAGGAAAUGGAGCAUUUAUUGGCAAUUUUGAUGGAAAUCCCACUAGAUCGUUUACAAAAUGGGUGGAAAAAUUUAAAGAUAUUUUGUCUUUAAUGACUGAGCCUACUGAGGUACAAAAAUUAGCCCGCUUGCGUUUUUGUUUGUCCGGGCAAGCGCGAAUCACAUAUGAUAAUAUUAAUCCCGCACCUACGACCCUAGCGGAGGCUAUUGCUUAUUUGAAAGGUAAAUACGAGAAUAGAAACACUAAAGUAAUUGCACGCCAACUGUUGUCAAGUUGUAGACAUGCGCCUGGCGAAUCUGUUUUUGAGUUUGCGAACCGACUUUCGGAGACAGUCCGUACAGCCCUUUCAGGAGAAAAUGAGGAGACAAUUAAAAGACGCCUCUUGGAUGAAUUUCUCGAUAGACUUUUACCUGAGCUUCAAUUUGAGGUAAAAGCCCAGAGACCGACUGAUUACGCUAUUGCUUAUGAAACAGCGCAGCACUAUGAGUUGCUACUUGCGGCUAGGAAAUUCAGUCAAGCUUCAGAUAAAAAAUUAGCUGAAAAAGUCGAAGCCUUGCCAAUUCAAAAUACAAAAAAUUAUAGCAAAGACAAUAGAAAAUGUUAUUACUGCAAGAAAAAAGGCCAUCUUGGCCAAUAA